UCUAAUAAAAUUUUACUAACUAUAAGACAUUUGCAUUUUAAAUUUUGAAUUAUGUUACCCAAGUUAUUUUAUUCUAUUUGUUAUACUUUUUGGAUUCUAACUACAACAUUCUUUGUGAGUUGUAGAAUAAAGCCAAAAAAAUAUGAGAAGUAUUAUUCAGAAGUAAUGGAUUAUAUAAGCGAACAAGUUGGAUGGGAUUAUAUGCAGUAUUUGGAAAUUAACUCUUCUACAGAGACAAACUGUAAUAUUAAAGACGUUAUUUGCAAAGGGAGUCGUACAAUACUAGCAAAAAAGUUCGAUGCCGUAAUUGAUAUAUUAAAUUACAUGUACGCAGAAGUAAUCAAAACAUUUAUUGAUCAUAUUAGCACUAUAGCUAACCAAUGUCAAGAAUAUUACGACAUAAACCAGGGAGAUAAUUUAUUACGUUGUGCAUUUUUACUUCAGAGUGUUAUAGAAAUUUCAAAAACCAUGUUUGAGCAGUUAUACAAUGUAAUGAACUAUCUUAGCAACAUAGAUUUUAAAUUAUUAGCGAAAUGGAAAAAAACAUUCUCAGUACCUAUAGUAGAUGAAAUUUAUACUUUUCUAGAAUAUGCAACAUUAAAAAGUCAACAAAAUACACAGAUUUUUGUCAAUCCAAAUGAUCCCAACACUAAAAAUGAUGCUUGUGAGGUCAUUUUGGAAGUGAAAAGUUUUAUCGAAGGAAAAGGUUUCGAGACUUACCAGAAAAUUAAAGAGAAUAAUAAUUCAGUUGUUUACAAUCAUAAACCAAAGUUCUUACUUGAAGAGAAUCUAAAAGAUUAUAAUGCACGACAAAAUAAAAACAUUGAAUUGAGUGAAUAUUUAAGUGAAUGGCUUAAAAUAUAUUAUGAUGAAAUUUCAACAAAUUUAUACAAAAAUCUUGGUUUUAAAGAGGUUUUAGAAUUAAAUGAGACAAGUUUCAGAUAUCCAGUUCAUUUUAAUAUAAAUACUAGUCAAAAUCAGGUAAUCGACCAAUUAAACGAAAUUACUAAUGAAAGUGGAUGGUAUUCGUUGAAACAUAUAAAUAUUAUAUUUAAUGGUCAAGUUAUAAGCGUAGAACGUAUUCUCAGACACCCAGCAGACAAAAAAACUUUUCAUUCUAAAAAAGAACAUAUAUUAAGAGUUAUCAAGUGCAUUUAUACAGAAAUACUGUUUAAGUAUUGCGACUAUGUAAAUUACCUAUUUGAGUAUUGUGAAACGGAAAAUUCAAAAGGUAAUCCUGAAAUAACAUACAUAGUCUUUGUACGUAAAAUUUUUGAAACAGUUCAUAAGACAACUAAUAUCUUUGAUAUUAUGUAUAAAACAUUGAUUUCUUUAAAUGAACUAAUGGGUGAUUAUUUUCAUGACAACAUCAGUUCAAAUAUAAAAUCUUUGUGUAGUUCAAUAACAAAAUUCCUUGACGAAAUAAAUUCUGGAAAUUAUUCACUUGAUAUUUUGGAUAGCAAAAAUAAUGCCUUUAAUCAGGUAUCAUCAGAAAUAUACACAAGGCAAUGCGUUAGAAAUAUCUCACCAUUUCUAAAAUUUAAUAAACUGGGUAUCUCCUCAUUACCUAAAACACACGAAAAACAAUGUCUAUUACAAAAUUUUUUGUUAAAUAUUGAUAUACCUGAGUCAAUAAGUACCGACAAUUUUUCAUCUGUUUGUGACAAACUUAUUGUAUUUUCUAAUAAUUUUAUAAAAGUUUACUAUGAAGAUUUGGGUUUAAAUAAAUUAAAUUAAUUUAUUCAU